GUGACUCAACAUCGGUCUUUUUCACACGCGUAUCCUGAAAUCCCGAUCGUCACUUGUUCUACCACCGGUGUCGCGAUGACGACCAACUUUUUCAGGAAUUUUCAGGAAAUCCCAUGUAAUUAAGGUGCGAUUAGUCGGUUUUUUCGGUGGCAAAAAGUUAAUCGAAUUUUGUGUAAAAAACAUACCAAUUAAGUUUUUAUGUGUACGUUAAUUUGAGUGAAUGUGAGAUCAAAAAAAAAAAAAAGUAUAUAUAUAUAUAAAGUGAACAAAAAAAAACAAUUUGUGUGAGUUUUUGUGAAACAGUUCAAGGGCUGGGCAAUAAAAAUAAAAAAGAUGUUUACGACAUCUUAUAAGUCAUCCGUAUGACGUCAACACUUCAACCCUUAACCUAGAAAACAUCGAAAACUUGGCAACGCAGCAAUAUGUUGAGGGAAUCGGACUACGCGUACCAGAACACGUACCUGCGCAGAAUAUCGCCCCCCGGAAGCCCGGCUCUGACGAAAAAAUGCUGCUGCUACGACAAAAAAUCACCAGGGGACUCUGGUGCGGCCAAAGAGUCAAUUUUUUGUUGCUGCUAUACGUACCCCGGCAGCAGAAACACGUCUAUAUUGGCAACACUGGGCGUGUGUCUUCUAGUGAUAAUCUACACCAUUAUAGGAGCCUUUACUUUCAUGGCGAUAGAGGGAAGCCUCUACCAUGAGACCCACGCUGAGCCCUCAAAAAUCGACCCUAAAAUUAAAGAAAACAAGGCCAUAAUCGACAUCAGAACGGAAACUGUGGAUAGACUUUGGAGUAUAACCGAAAAUUUAAACAUUUUGUAUCGCGAGAAUUGGACUAGGCUAGCUUCUGAAGAGGUUAUGGUGUUCCAAGAUGCACUCUUCAAAGCCUUUAAAAAUAGUGACUCAGUGUACAGUGCCCGAACUGGUACCAUGAGCACCGCUCAUAAGGAUCACAAGUGGAGCUUCAGUAGCAGUUUUUUGUAUAGUUUAACCUUGAUUACUACCAUAGGUUAUGGUUCUGUUUCUCCUAGAACGAGUUGGGGUAAACUUGUCACCAUCAUCUAUGCUCUGAUUGGCAUUCCCUUGAUGCUUCUCUACCUCUCCACCACAGGUGAUCUACUGGCAAGGAGUUUCCGGAAACUGUACGGAAAGAUGUGUGGUAUUUCAGUACGUAGAGAAACUCCACAUUGUCCUUGUGCCAAUACAGUGAGAGUUCCUGUUUUGCUAUGCCUCAUCAUAGUUCUAGCAUACAUUUGCUCGGGAGCUCUGCUGUUUCACAGGCUCGAAAAUUGGUCUUUGUUGGAGGGGAGCUAUUUUUGCUUCACAAGCCUAGGCACCAUUGGGUUUGGCGAUUUGCUCCCUGGCCAAAAGGCUGAAGACAUAUCAAUGUGCGCCUGCUCAGCCUACAUCCUAACCGGCAUGGCAUUGGUGGCAAUGUGCUUUAGCCUGGUGCAAGAGGAGGUCAUCAAAAUCCUCCGAUAUCUUGGAGGGUCCUGCUCUAGAACCGAUCUCAGAAAGACUGACGAGGAAGGAAUAAUACAGGUAAAAGUUCAGUAAAUAACGAUUUCAUCAACUAAUGAUUGUUUUAAUUGCACAGGGUUCCUGACAACGACCCACGACAGAGGGCGCAAAUCCCAUCAAAUCCGCCCCUGUACCCACCAGAAUCCCAAAUCACAUAACACACACCACCAAUAGCUUGCCGAGGAAGCCAAAUUUCCAGAGAAACGCCCCUGCCAGGAGGUCUUGUGGGGCUGAACCACUCAUCGAGUAUUUCGUCCCCAGAAGCAUGAGUGAAUUUGACUUGAGUAUAACACCUGGUGAUACUCCCAUGGCUGGUAACUUUUUACCACUCACAGUGAGAGCACCAAGGAAGAACCUCCAGAAAAAUAAAGAAAAAGUUGUCACUUUCGAAGAUGAAAUGUCAAAAAAUAUCAAAAGGUGUUAAGUCUAUCAAGAAAAAACAUUUUUUAACCUAAUUCUGUUGCAGGAACGCCCAAAUGGACUUACAGGACGUGUUUAUGUGACAAAAGGCAUAGCACUUGCAGGAGACAGUUCUCAAGGACUUCAACACAGUCAAAAAAGAGCUCAAACAGUUCAAGAACUUCAAAUUGUGCGAGGAUUUAAAAAAAUGCGAGGAUAAUUGUUCAUGCAAUGCUGAAAGUGAUUGCGAUAUAUGCAAAGUGCUGGAUUUUACGCUCAAAAAGGAUCAAUUAUAGUGAAAAAUCAAUGUGGAGGAGAUUGAAAAUAUUAAUGUAUAAAGAAUUAAAAACCAGCAAUGUGUUAUCCACGCCACAAUCUGUUCUAUCUCGUACUAAAAAUACAAAAAAUCACUGCAACACUGCACAGAUUAAUUGUUGUUUACAAUUUUUGUGCUUUGGGUUUGUGCUAAGAACAACUAUUUUACUCCUCUAUUGUAAAAAAUAAACUUUAUUCAAUCAGGACUGUCAUAAAACUGUCAAAUGUCAAUUUUAAGGUUAAAUUAGUAUUUUUAGCAUGAGAUAGAACAGACCUUGUUGUGUGGAUUGUGAUCCAGACUUGCUUGUUUUUAAAUAGACACUCUGUAUAUUUUGUUAAUAAUUUUUGUUAUGAUUUUACAAUACUGUAAAUUUACCACUUCGCUGGUAUUUAUAUAACUUUUAUAUCACCAUAAACACUAAAUAAGUGAUAAAAUGAGUGCCAUAUUCCUAUAAGUAGGUAUGAAUUCUGCCCCACAGUGAUUUUGAUGAUAUGCGGUCUAUAAACUAAAGUUUAUUGUCGUCAACACUUUUAAUAAGCAUUCUUACAGAUACAUAACCUCAAUUAUGGAGCUGCGUUCCUUAUGCAAAUAUCAAAGUGAGUGAGCCUGGGCAUAUUACCUUAUAUUAUUAAAAACAAAAGUAUUAUAUAACAAUAAUAAAU